CUCUGGAUAGCUCCAAUCGCAGAAAUUGUAUCUUGGAUUACUUCUAACUUUGGAAUAUAUCUAAUAGGAUUGAUCAGUUACACUUGGACGAUUCUCUGGUCACUUUUUCUGUUUAAAGCAGUUUUGUGACGAAUUUCGUAGAAUUCCUUUGGAGUGGUUUUAGGACUUUUCAAGGCGACGUAUAUUUGUGGACACAUUUUUGGAUCUAAAAACAUAUGGACAUCUGAGCGUUGCUUGUUCAUGAGACUUGGAAGAUGAAGAACUCACCAUCACGUAACACGUACAACGUGCCUCUUAUUCCAUCUGACCUGCGGCGGGAUGAAUGUAUCAUACAGAUUGCUGAUGCCCUAGAUUAUCUUAAUCUCGUCGCCAACGAUGUCUUUUCUCGGAUUGGUGGUCGCGUCGAGGAUAACAAGAAGCGAUUAUUGGCAGUCAAUGACAGGGUGAACCUGGCCCAGGCGCGUAUAGACAAGAUAAAGGGAACAAGCAAAGCGACUAAGGUUUUCUCAAGUGCUAAAUACCCUGCCACUGAGGAGCUGCAGGGCUAUCAAACAUUAUUCCAAGGUGAAACUGCUUGCACCAAUCUGAAAGACAUCAAACGAGCACGCCAUAAAGUUCAGAGUAAAUACACAGACGUAGAUGAGAAUGUGUUGAAAGACAAGCUGCAGUUUUACAAUGUGCAGCAGGGUGGCAAGAAGAAGGAUGAAAACGACCAAGAAGGAAUUGGGCGACUUCCUCGGAACAUUCCCUCUGUUAGCUCAUUGCUACUGUUCAAUACCUCAGAAAAUCCUUACAAGAAAUAUGUGAUGCUGGAUCCAUUGGGUGUGGUAACCAAGACACGAUCAACAGAAGGUGAUGAGGAAGAUGCCUUAGCAGCAGCCCCAAGUUCCAUAGCCCAUGGAGAAGAAAUGCAACGAGGGCAGAUGGAGAAUUAUUUCUAUGUGCCUGAUCUGGGGGAGGUACCAGAAAUAUCAGUGCCUGAUUUUCUUCCUGAUCUUGUGGGUAGUAUUGCCGAUGACAUUUCUUAUGCUGCUGAACGGGGUCCAUCCAUUGCACCAUCUGUGCCUGGAAGCAACAUGCCAGAUUUACCGACUGUUAUUCCCGACAUCGACAGCAUACCAAGUGGUCCUGCUGGUGGUGCUGGAGCAUCUUCAGGGGUUGUUGAUCUGCUCACAUCAGCACAAAGUUCUGUUCCACCAGCCCCUGGCCCACCACCACCACCACCCCCUGCUGCUGCACCCCCUCCACCACCACCACCACCACCACCUCCAAAUGCCCCAGCACCACCUCCAACCUCAGGCACACCUGAUGAUCCACCGCCAAAGAUUUCAUCUGUUCCUAAGGAAGUAGCCGAUCCAGGUGACAGCCGCUCUAGUCUUCUGGAUGCCAUUAGGAAGGCUGGUGGGUCACAGGGUGCUGGGUUGAAAAAAGGUGCUGGGGAGGAAAAGCGUAAAGAACGCAAGAAAAAGGAGGCACCUCCACCAGCAAGUGGUGGCGACUUCAUGUCAGAUUUAUUUAGUCGGAUCCAACGGCGAAGAGAAGGAAUUUCGGGGGCUAAAACUCCUGGCGGUGGGGAGAAGAGUGGCGGUGGCCAAGGGGGAGGAUCAGCCAUGGACAGUAUUUCAAAAAUGAUACCUUCCACAAAGGAGAGAAGUGAAAGUUUUCCAGCAGACACUGGCGCUGAUGAGGAUGACUGGGAGUGAUUUCUAGCUCACAUGGGUGAGCGUAUGUCAUCACAUCUUUUAUAGAAAUGUGGAUGUCUCAUCACAACAUGAUUUAAUUUACAUACCAAAAAUUGUCACAAUUUCAUGAAUGCUGAUCCAGAAUCAUUAAGUUUUUCACUGUGGAUACUUCUGGUGAGACUACAUGACAUAAUUCCCUGGUUUUUGAUUUGACCUUCUUUUUACCCUUUCCGUGCAGCUGGCGAGAUCUUCUCACUUGACCCUAUCCACGCCAUCUUGGAGCAGGCAAGAAAAUCUCUCCAAACUGAUAUGAUCAUCAACAGAGGGCAACACUGCAUUGAUAGCCUAUUUACAAUGUUGGUGAGAUUUUCUUGCCGCCGCACGUAGUAAGGACUCUGUAGCAUCGAUGGGCGAGAAUAUCUUGCCAGUUUUAUUCAGUUGGGCACUAACAGCCACAAAAUUAAUUCCGCAAGUUGAGCUGGAUAGCAUUAGGAAAUUCCGCACAGAAAGAGUUCAAGUCACAGAGGUCAAACUCUAAAAUUUCAACGAAGAUGCUGCGUUUCAUCACUAGUUUCUAGCAUCUUCAAAUUUUAUAUGUCGACAUCUAUGAGGCAACUCUACAUGUUGACAAAAUUUUUGGAGAAAGGGACCUACAUCUCAGUAAGUAGACCAGGUUGCUAAAAUCCUGUGUUGGUCCAAUGUCAAGAAACCUUCACUGUGAGAUAUACAGAUGUUUGUUAUUGAUUGAGCUGAUCAUACUUAGCCUGGUGUGUGAAACAUUUUGACCUUGCCCUAAUUUCUUAAGAUCAGAAUAGGCCAAACGCUAAAAUGUCACCAAUUGUGGCACAUUUUGUUAUUUUUUGUCCAAGACUUCGUCCUUCGUUAAGUGCUGAUGUCAUUAAGACUGCCCACCACGCAAGUGGGCAGUUUGGUGUGUUGACUGUGUACAAGCACAGUACAUUACAUGUGUACAUUAUUUACUUGAAUGGACUAGACUUCAAUACUAUUGUAAUUCUUUUGCUCACCGGUAGGGUGCGAUGAAUUAAUGCGAUGGUGCAGUGUUCGUCUUCGUUGUCAAUAAGGUUCUAUUCUAAAUAAUUGUCCAAUGUCUUUAUCGCCAUGAUUGUAGUGUGUGAACAACGUCUAUCUCUUCCGAUUCUGAGGAUAGCCCACUAGGGGAUGAAUAAACCAGAGUUACCAUAGUUUAUAGUCAAACUGAUACGUUCUACAUUUUGCAUUACGGCUCUCCUGUUCGGACCUUAUAAUUCUGCCAUCUCAAGAACAACCUCCAGUGUGUCCGCACAUUCACAAAGUUUCCUCUGAAGGGAAUGGUUUCACAGUGUCCGAUAGUCCUAGUAAGUUUGGCCUUAUUUAAAAGUGCUGCAUGAGAAGCUGUUGAUAUAAGAGUCUAUGUAUUAUUGUUCUGCUUGCGAUAGACAAUCUUGCAUCAUGUGAUUUGUUGCUCACAUUUCUGCCGCAAAUUUGACGAGCUGCCGAACACCUUGGGUCAAAAUAUGAACAGAACUUAGGCUGAAACAUCCGGAGAUACAGGUUUUUGAUACUCCUAUACACCGUAUACAAAAUAUCGAGGGGCGGAGUAUAUUCAAAACCACUGAUUCAUCAGGAUGAGGCUGACAUGGCACUCACCUGAUCCAAAUGCAGGUCAUAUAUAGGACUUAUACUUAAUAUUGAAUACAUGUGUUUGAAGGCCCUGCAUCUUUGUUAACUAGUAGAUCGGAACUUCACUUUUAUUACUGUAGUCACUGAGCAUUUAUGACCCAGGAAUUUAAGGCUAAUUUGGACCUAUUCAUGUAUAGCCGCCCACGCCCUUAAAAAAGAACCGCAUUGGUCCACCAGAGGUGGCCGUUCACAUCACACCAUCUCUGUUGACCAUACAUCAGGAUGGUUCUAUUGACUAAGAGUCAUGACAUCAGUUGUAUAAACUGGCCAGACUAACAAUAGAAUUGAAUCCUGAGUCAGUAAAAAUCAGUUGCACUAGACCACAGGUUAAUUUAACUGUGUUUAUAGUAAAAGUGAAAUAUUAAUCCUGCUGUGCCUAACCAUAACGGAAAACCACCGCAUUGUUAAGUUAGUGGCUUCCCACUGCAGUUGAAUCAGACCUUUGCUACUGAACUGUGUUUUUAUUGUGACGACGUAGCCAAUGGUCUAUGUUGAAUUGAAUAAUAUGCCUUUAUGAAUAAUGAAAUAAAAAGACAAAAUUACCAAAAAUA